UGACAAACCCGUAACGCUAUAGAAGUAAAAAGAAAUCGAGUGUGUUGACAAAAUCUAAGUUAGAGCUCAAAUUGUCGAUCGAUCUGUCGAAGUCAUACUUCUUGUCUUCUUGAGUUCUGGUGACGAGGCUCCAAUUGAAGCACACGUAACUAAACUCUCUGAAUUUAGGGAGAAGGUUGCAGCUUACGGGGGUGCUUUUUUUUACAUUUUUGUAUAGGGAGGUGGAGGAGUUGGAGUUCAGAAGGAAGGUUGUGAGAAUGAGCUCAGGCAGCAGAAGCAAGAACAAAAGUAGGAGCAAAAGUAGAAGCAGGAGUCCUGUGAAUCGAAAGAUCCGUAGUGAACGCCAGACAUUUCGUAGUGCACCUUAUGGGAGAGACGAAAGUCGGGGUUUCAGCCAAAGCAAUUUAUGCAAGAAUUGCAAGCGCCCGGGCCAUUUUGCUAGAGAAUGUCCUAAUGUGGGCAUUUGUCAUAAUUGUGGCCUCCCUGGGCAUAUCGCCUUGGAAUGUACCACAAAGUCUCUAUGUUGGAACUGUCGAGAGCCUGGCCACACAGUCAGCAGCUGCCCUAAUGAGGGCAUUUGUCACAGAUGUGGCAAGGGUGGUCACCAGGCCAGGGACUGUGCUGUCCCUCCACUACCACCUGGUGAUGUGAGGUUGUGUAACAAUUGUUACAAACAAGGCCCCCUUGCCCCAGAAUGUACUAAUGACAAGGCAUGCAACAACUGUAGGAGAACAGGUCACCUUGCUCGGGACUGUACUAAUGAACCUGUCUGCAACCUGUGCAACUUGUCAGGACAUGUUGUAAGAGGUUGUUCUAACUCUAAGGCAGAUGAUCUCGCAGGGAGAGGAAGUGUGGUCCGAGGUGGGAGUGGUGGUUACUGGAAUGUUGAGUAUAGGAACUGCCAGCAGCUAGGUAACAUGAGCAGGGACUUUGUUACACCUGUGAUCUGCCAUAUGUGUGGAGGGCGUGGUCAUGUGGCAUUUGAAUGUCCCUCGGGAAGGUACUUAGACCGCUACCCCAGGAGGUACUAAUCGUUAGUGACGCUUAUUGUGUAACCGCUAUCCGUGAGGAUUAGGUUUAUUGGCAUAUUUUCAUCCAGUUAGGUGUGUUACUUGGGAUCUUGGGUUGGAUUUUGUUAGGUACAGGCUACAGCAGCUGGAGUAGCUACUUCACAUUUAUUGUGGUGUUCUAGGCUGUACUAGUUAAUGAAACAUCUUACAGUAUUUGAAGUUUGGUGAAGUUUAGACUCGAAGAUUUGUCUUGUUACGUGGUCUCUUAUACGUUUUCGGUUCAAGUUUGGUGUUUGCUAGUAAGCAUCAUCACAGAUUUGACCUUCAGUGGGGGUAUAGAUGAGAAAAUGCCAGGACUUUGAGGCGUUUAACUUGUUCUAGUGAGUCUGUGGUGCAUUGAGGUGGAUUUCUCUUUAAACAUCAAUAAAUCUCCGGAUUCAAGCUUGAGCUCUACUCAAGUGGCCAAGCUUUUGCUUGAAGAAUGUGUUUGGCUUGAUUAGGCUUGUUCAGCUUAUAGCAGGUGUAUGUAAUAUGCCAAUUAGGAGUAGAUUAUUGCAGCUCUUGCCUGUAAUUAACACAUUGUAAACAACCAAUUAAGUGGUACAUAAAUGUGACACAACAUUUGAGUUUGAUGGUUCUA